CCGCCCACCAUCGAAGAGACGACUCACAAGGUCGUCUCCUCCCCACAACUUCACUACGAACGCCCCCCGCGCUCUCCACCUUACAUUCCCUUCUUUGAUACCCCAUAUUUCUCGAUCUGCAGCAAGUACUGCAGUCGUCUUCACCCGCUCGACUUUCUCUCCCAAACCCAUUUUUCAGGCCGUCCUAGUUCGCUCCUACGCCAGCCACGGUCGUAAGAUGGCUCCCAAGAAGGCCGUGAAGGAGGAGAAGAUUCUGCUUGGCAGGCCGGGCAACAGCUUGAAGAGUGGCAUCGUUGGCCUCGCAAACGUGGGAAAGUCCACGCUGUUCCAAGCCAUCACGAAAUGCCAUCUUGGUAACCCUGCCAACUUUCCCUAUGCUACCAUCGACCCCGAAGAAGCUCGUGUCAUCGUCCCCGAUGACCGAUUCGACUGGCUAGUUGACCACUACAAGCCCAAAUCCGUCGUACCCGCCAACUUGACUGUCUAUGAUAUCGCCGGUUUGACGCGAGGUGCUUCGACGGGAGCUGGUCUAGGCAACGCUUUCUUGUCGCACAUUCGCGCCGUCGAUGCCAUCUUCCAGGUCGUGAGAUGCUUCGACGAUGCCGAGAUCAUCCACGUUGAGGGUGACGUAGACCCCAUCCGCGACCUAGAGAUCAUCAGCGACGAACUCAGGAUCAAGGAUAUCGAGUUCACGGAGAAGGCACACGAGGCAAUUGUCAAGCAGACCCGGAGAGGUGGCCAAAGUUUGGAAAUGAAGAAGCUUAAGGAGGAGCAAGCUACCAUUGAGAAAAUCUUGGAGAUGCUCAAGGACGGCAAAGACGUUCGGAAAGGCAACUGGACUCCGAAAGAGGUCGAGAUCAUCAACCCUCUCUUCCUUCUUACCGCUAAACCCGUUGUAUACCUGAUCAACCUCAGCGAGAAGGACUACAUCCGCCAGAAGAACAAGCAUCUUCCCAAGAUCGCGCAAUGGAUCAAGGAGAACGCACCAGGCGACCCAAUCAUCCCCAUCUCUGUCUGCUUCGAAGAGCGUCUGUCACGGUUCGAAACCCAAGCCGAGGUUGACGAAGAGUGCAAGACCAUUGGUGCGAAAUCCGGUCUUCCCAAGGUCAUCGUAACUAUGCGCAAGGCCCUCAAUCUCGGCAGCUUCUUCACGACUGGUACGGAUGAAGUGAGACAAUGGACAAUACGCAAUGGGACCAAGGCUCCUCAAGCUGCUGGUGUCAUCCACGGAGACUUCGAGAAGACCUUCAUUCAAGUGAUCGUCUACAACUUUAACGUGUUGAAGGAGGAGGGCGAUGAAGCUACGGUGAAGGCGAAGGGCAAGGUAUUGACCAAGGGCAAGGACUACGUUGUGGAGGACGGUGAUAUUCUGCUCAUCAAAGCCGGAGCGGCGAAGGCUUAG